AUGAAGCGCAACACUCUCCUACUUGCUGCUUUCCUCUCCUCCACUGCCAGAGCGGGCACAACGUUGUGGAGUGGAAUUUUCAACUCUACGUUUACAGUAUCGGACUUUGAUUUGUGGUCAUGGUCAAAUCAAAUACAACCAUAUCAAUGGUACAUCCAUGGUACAGGUAACACUUCCGAGUACCUGGGUUUGUCUGCGGACUUUAAGAAUCCAAAUGAUACCAGUGAUACUCAGGGAAUCCGGAUUACCAUUGAUGGUACAUCUUUUUGGGAAGGUCAGACCAUGGAGCGCACUGAAAUUAUUCCUCAGACAUCCAAAAACCUAGGAUCAGGCCACCUUUAUUACCAUUUCUCGCUCAUGACCAAGAGUACAAAUCCGCCAAACCCGAAUUUCGAGCAUCAGAUUGCUUUCUUUGAGAGCCACUUCACCGAAAUCAAAUACGGCACCAUUAGCGGUUCCACUGGCGCCGACAACACACUGCGGUGGGAUGUUUCACAAGUAACAAAAUGGUCCACACAGCUUGUGGCAGGAAACUGGUAUAACUUUGCGUAUGAUAUUGAUUUCGACGCGCAAACAGUCGGACUCUGGGCAAGCAAUGGCUCAGCACCGUUGACUGAAGUCGUCACGCCGAUCUCUGCCAGCACCUCUACCAACUCAGCGGACUGGCAUAUCGGAGAGCUUAGGUUACCGAAUGGAGGAUCGGAUGCUGAUGCUGAGGAUUGGUAUUGGUCUGGAAUUUGGAUUGAGGAGGCACCUAUCACGACGAGCGUUGCGGGACCAGGGGAUGCUUGA